UCCAUAACUAUUUGAUUAGAACACGAUGAAGAAUAUAUUAUAAACAUUGGCAAACGGAAGACGUUGAUUUCAUGACUGAUUGUGUGCUUUCAGUGAUAUAGUGUGAACUUUUGCCGACUCACGUUUGGUUUUCUGACAGAGGAAGUAAACCAUGCCUUUGAAUGAUGCAAAUGACGAUUCAGAUAAAUCCAAGGGUAAAUAUGUAGCAAUAGUGGUAUGUUGGUUUCUUGGAAUUGGUUGUCUAUUCUCUUGGAAUAGCAUGCUUACUAUUGAAGAUUACUAUGUAGCCUUGUUUCCGAAAUAUCAUCCUUCCAGGGUACUUACCCUUGUAUAUCAGCCAUUUGCAGUUGGUACUAUUUCAAUUCUAACAUAUAAUGAGGCAAAAGUCAACACAAGGAGAAGGAACCUAUUUGGAUAUUCACUUUUCUUUGUAGCUACCCUUUUGAUUUUAGUUUUGGAUUUGGCAACGUCUGGGAAGGGAGGUAUUGGUACUUUUAUAGGAAUAUGCGUCAUAAGUGGUGCAUUUGGUAUUGCAGACGGUCAUGUUCAGGGUGGAAUGGUUGGAGAUCUUUCGUUCAUGCAUCCUGAACUAAUUCAAUCUUUUCUUGCUGGUUUGGCUGCAUCUGGUGCUAUAACAUCUAGCUUGAGGUUAAUUACAAAGGCUGCAUUUGAAAAUUCUCAAGAUGGACUUCGAAAGGGAGCUAUUUUGUUCUUCGUCGUCUGCACGUGUUUUCUGUUAUUUUGUGUAUUCUUGUAUGCAUUUGUGUACCCAAAGUUGCCAAUUAUAAGGUAUUACCGAUCCAAAGCAGCCUCUGAAGGAUGUAAAACCGUUUCAGCUGAUCUUGCUGCUGGUGGGAUUCUUACAUCUGAUUUUGAAAAACAAGCAGAAGAGAAUCCUCAACCAUGCCAACCACAGAGCAACAAAGAAUUGUAUCUGAAAAACAUAGAUUAUGCAAUAGAUAUAUUCUUGGUAUAUGCACUUACAUUGUCGAUUUUCCCUGGAUUCUUAUCCGAGGAUACUGGAUCACACAGUUUAGGAGAAUGGUAUGCGCUGGUUUUGAUAACUAUAUACAAUGUAUGUGAUCUUAUUGGGAGAUACUUGCCUCUUCUGAAUUGGGUGAAAAUGGAAUCACGGAAAGGUCUUAUGACAGUGACCUUUUCCCGGUUCUUGCUAGUUCCAGCAUUCUAUUUCACUGCUAAAUAUGGUGAUCAGGGUUGGAUGAUAUUGCUCACCUCCAUUUUGGGGUUGAGUAAUGGUUACCUAACCGUUUGCAUACUCACAACUGCUCCAAAAGGCUACAAGGGUCCGGAGCAAAAUGCUUUAGGUAAUAUGCUUGUGAUGUUUCUUCUUGGAGGUAUAUUUGCAGGGGUAACCCUUGAUUGGUUGUGGCUCAUUGGCAAAGGUUGGUGAAUGCAAGUUUAAGCUAAAAAAAAUAAGGGAAGAAUGCCAAUUUUACAAAUUAAGUUGUAAGAAGGUGUCAA